UCCGCGCACACGAGUUGGUAGAUUUGCACGCCAGUUUCUUUCGCGCCGUAAGAGGGGAUAACGCGCGCAUGGCCAAGAAUAUAGAUCUGCCUAUUUAUACGUGCUAAUACCAUAGAUCCUUCGUCAGGGACUUUGCAGUGGGAUAUAUAGGUAUUCAACUACGAUACGUUAGUCGCAAUGAGUAUUAUCGAAGGAUUGCGAUUUUCUGUAGAAGAAAAUUACAGUUUUCGUGACUGAUUUUAGAGGAUGCUGAGGAGUAUAAACCAAUCGCUAAGUAGGACGGUAUUUAGUGUACCUAAAUACUUACCACUUGCUAUUAAACAUGCACGAAUCCUCUGUUUUCGUCAUGCUUCUAACAAUACAAAACCAGAGUUAACAUCAGUGAGGUACAACGUACAACGUGGACCUUACUCAAAGGUUACUGAUAAUCAUGUACAAUUUUUUGAUGGUCUCCUUGGACAAGGAAGAGUACUCACUGAUCCUGAUGAAUGUGAAAGCUACAAUAUAGAUUGGAUAAAAAUGGUUCGAGGUGCGAGUAAGGUAGUCGUGAAGCCAAAGACUACUGAAGAAGUGUCAGCAAUAUUGCGCUAUUGCAAUGAAAAUCGCUUAGCUGUUUGUCCACAGAGUGGAAAUACUGGACUGGUUGGAGGAAAUGUACCAGUAUUUGAUGAAAUUAUAAUUUCUAUGAAGUUAAUGAAUAAUAUUAUUAGUACUGAUGAACUGUCAGGAACAUUGGUAUGUCAGGCUGGUUGUAUUCUGGAAAAUCUGGAAAAGCAUUUAGAAAAUGUUAAUUUGAUGAUGCCACUGGAUUUGGGUGCUAAAGGAAGUUGUUUAAUUGGAGGAUGUGUCUCAACAAAUGCUGGUGGCCUUAGGCUCUUACGUUAUGGAAACCUACAUGGAAAUAUAUUGGGAUUGGAAGCGGUGAAAGCCAAUGGCGAAGUGGUGAACUGCUUGAAUACUUUAAAAAAAGAUAAUACAGGCUACCAUAUUAAACACAUGUUUAUUGGUUCAGAGGGUACUCUUGGCAUUGUAACUAAAGUAGCAAUACAGUGCCCACCACUUCCUAAAUCUAUAAAUGUUGCAUUUCUUGGUUUAAAAAGCUUUGAAAAUGUUUUAAAAACAUAUAAAGCAGCGAAAAGAGAAUUAGGAGAGAUUCUAUCUUCGUGUGAAUUAAUUGAUAAAACAUCAUUAGAGGCAUGUACCACAGCUUUAGGCCUUAAAAAUCCCUUGGACACUGGAAGCAAUGACUAUGAAUUUUAUGUUCUUCUUGAAACAUCAGGAAGUGAAACACACCAUGAUGAAGAAAAAUUUGCCAGACUAUUAGAGAAAUUACUUGAAGAGGGUAUUAUUUCAGAUGGCACUCUUGCCAGUGAACCAACCAAAAUCAAAAAUAUUUGGACUCUUCGAGAAAGCCUCACUCAAGCUGUUAUGUAUGAUGGUUAUGUGUUCAAGUAUGACAUUUCAAUGCCACUUCCAGAAUUUUACAAAAUCGUUGAGAUUCUUCGUGAACGACUAAAGGAUCCUCGCAUCGUGCGAAUAGGAGGAUACGGACAUCUCGGUGACGGAAAUCUGCACUUGCAAGUGUCGAUACCGACUUAUGCUGAGGAUAUAGCCUCUCAACUGGAACCAUUCAUUUUCGAAUACAUUUCAAAGCAACGUGGUAGCAUAAGUGCCGAACAUGGCAUAGGAUUCAAGAAAACGAAGUUCUUGCAUUACAGCAAGGACAAGUCUGCGAUACAAGUUAUGCGUGAGCUCAAGAAAAUGAUGGAUCCAAACGGCAUACUCAACCCAUAUAAAGUCUUAGACCCUUUAUGAGAUUGCCGUGAGAAGAUGAUGCUAUUUUUGAGUUAACAGUGCAUUAAUCACAGUAGUAUUAUUUCUACAAAAUAAUUUUCUAAUUAAAAACAUUGUUUAUAUGAAUUUUAUAAAAGCACAUCUAUUGCUAUCUUAAUAAAGAUGUUAAUAAAUUCAGAAUUAAUUAAAAAUCAA